UAUCCAUCCCUCCCUUCUGGGCUGAUGGAUGGCUUCACACCAUCUUCUCCUCCACCACCAUCCACUAUCAUCAACAUCAUCAUCAUCAUCAUCAACCAACUACCACCAACCCGAGGACACCGUGCGGCUCCACUUUUCCAUGAUCCUGCCCUGAAAAAGCCGCCAGCCUAUGAGAGCGGACGUGCGCGCACGCCCUGGCCAAUCGUUGCCGCGCCCGUCCAUCGUUGCGGGAACCUGAACCCAAACGUGGAGCUGACCGCGCAGGGCUGACCUGCCUAUUUAGUAGCCCUCGUUGUCCGAAGGUAGCAACUUAAGC